AUGAUUCAAGCAAGUAACAAAUACUUAGAGACUACCAAGAAAAAUAUGAAGAAGUUGUCACAGGAUUUUCAGAAAAUUGCCAAUCAACAAGUGAAACAUCCAGCACCGGGCUUUAUUGCUUCACAAGGUCGCUGGGACGGGAAAAGAUAUGACAAAGUUAUUACAUUCAGGGCUGUAGAACGUAACAUAGGAAACCAUUUUGAUCCAAAGACUGGAGAGUUUACCGCCCCUGUUGAUGGCCUGUAUAAAGGAAGUCUUAGAAUAAAACAAGCAGGAGAUCGUGCUGUACAAGCUGGUGUUGGGCACAGAUGUGGUGGUGUGGUGACAUGGCUCGUUAUGGUUGAGACAAAAGCAAAAUGCUUUGAAGCUUCAACAACUUUUGAGGUUUAUAUGAAAGCUAGAGAUGUAUUAUUUUCAUUCACUGAAUAUGAUGGUUGUGAAUGUACGCAUUUUUCUUGUGUUUUUCAUGACGUCUAA